AUGCUGUCGGCUCCCGUUAAGUCGGCGAAGCGCAUCUCUUCUCUGUUCUCACUGGGAUCGAAGGAUCGGGACUCUCAGACCUCCCCCGUGUCAUCCCCAGUGUUGAAAUCGUCAGAGAAUCUUCCGAUCGAUAAGCGACGCAGGAGCAGCUCGAGGCCUACCCGUCAUGUCUCGACCCCCAAUGCGGUAUAUUCUUCAGAGCCACGAACCAUGCCCGAUAGGCUGGACCUAGAGAGUUUGCCUCCGCCACCUUCACUGAUGGCGGUGAACCAGGAUUUGGCGAGCAGUGCUCCGAGCUCACCCGUUGGACGUCCCCAAAGCAGAGGCCGGGAUAUGAGCAGGCCCUCCAGCUCGGCCGGAUUGGCUAUCCCGGGAUCAAACCCGGACUCCCGCCCCAGCACACCCUCAAAGCGCAGGAGUUGGAUGCCCGGCCGGUCGCGCGCCAGUUCAAUGGAUAAGCGGUCAAAUCCACCACCUUCACCCAUGCUCCCGGCUGCAUGGAUUGCCGGGCUAGACCAGAAGGUCGUUUAUGAUCUCGGUCCCUUGUCCAGAGGAGAACAGAUCCAAGAACUGUGGAACGAUCAAGGUGACACUUAUGUGUACCUGUUCCCCCAGAAUACCGGCCGUCCCCCAUCCUUCAAGGUUGAUUCCACCAUCUUCGCCGAAUCCCCCUCCCUCACCUACCUCGCACGCGGCAACGAUGGCAAGAGCGGCCUCGAACAACCGACACGAUCCUUAUCACUCAACCCGAUGUCUCCCCCCAUGACCCCACAAGACCGUCUGCCCGAGAACGACACGGACAAUGAUAGCUCGGGAAGCCAGAGAAUGGCGUUUGAGGAUACACUCGACGAACUGCCGGAACUUCAUCUAUAUCUCCCUAUUCCUCUGAACUGCGAUGUCUCCAAUCCACAAGCACGGCUCAGCCAAGAGGACACAGAGACCCUUCUGUUAUUCCGCAAUCUUUUCGCAUUUCUGCUGGGGCAGUCUUUGAUUGCUUCACCCAAAUCCGCUACCCUCUUCUCCAUAUUCAUGGACGUGGCAGUGCUCUUGGCUCGUUUCGAGUUCUCCAACCUGGAUGCGUCCAACUUCGGUGAGACGGCCACAUCCAGCUUCAGCAACUAUUGUGAGGAAUUGCGCUUGGCAGAUGUCCGUCGGAGCAGAGAGAAGACCAUCGAGGCCAUCGUUCUCGGCGAGCGCCUGCGCUAUUAUCCGCUAUAUGUCGAGGGCUUUGUGCACGGUGUUGGCAAGCUGGUUGAGUUGAAGCAACUGCGAAGCCCUAAAUAUACAUUUAUUCACCCCAUCACACAAAAGCGGAUGGAACGUGCGUACAUCGAUCUCGAUAAUCGUCUGCGCGGUCUAUAUGCCAAAAUCGAAGAUUUCGACUUCCCCUCCGUUUUCUCCGGUAUCGCCAACUCGACCACCUCCUUGGAAAGUAAGGUGGUACGCUUCAAGUUCUGGAGGACGGGAUUCCAAGAAUUCCGCCGCUUCACCAUUCAGUAUUACCGACAGAAAUAUGGCUCGUGGCCACCCAAGGCCCGGUCAAAGAAGAAUGAGUUCGAAGAGAGCGGACUCAACCGUCUUCUUCUUUUGGAUCUGUAUCACGACUUCACUGAUCUCUAUGACUUGAUGGUUGACCGCACCUCUCUGACAACUCGCACAAUUGAUGUCUCGGGGGCGGGUAAUGACUCCGCUGAUCCCUCUGAUCCGAAACAGAUGACCGUCCGUGCUCUCCGCCAGGUCCUCUCCGAGUACGACCGCAGCACCCCGCCUGUGCUGCCCCCCAUUCCAUUUGACAUUCCACAGAUGCCUUCGCUGCAGCCCUUGCACCGCAAACCGCUUGACCCCAAGAAAGAGGCCAAGCAGCGCGGCAAGAAGCUCAAGGAUUCGGACAUCAAUGCUGUAUUGAUGGGUUCUUAUACUCGGGAGGCCAUGCGCCCCACAUCCUUCAUUGAGAGCUUCAUGCAGUUCGAGCGUCGUUCCGCCCACGGCAAGAAUAUCCAGGAUAUUACCGACCUCCGAUGUGGCCAGUGGAUCUUCCUCUACGCAGUCAUCCAGGCCCUCCCCAUGCUCGUGGUGGAUGUCCCCGAUGUCCACUAUACCGAUGGUGUGGAGUACUUCCUAUGCAUUGCCCCUCGUGGCGGCGCUCCCUGGAUCCACAACGACACCAAGACUGCUCGCAGCUGGUUCGGAGUCGCCGGUGGUGCUGGUGUUGUGAGCCUGCCAUCUGACGUCGUCAUCAACGGCGUGGAGGGUGUAUACCGCCGCAGUCACUGCUGGCAAGUCGCUGAGCAGUGGGCUGAGGCGGGUGCUCUCAUCGAGCCACCAAUGGUGGAAGACGCUACGUACGAUGAUGAGGAGUCCUCUAUCUCAUCCCCGUACCAGGGCCAAAAUUCCUCAGCGGGAUCUUCCUCUGAACCUCAGUCCAACCACAUGAUGGUCCCCGGUGGGCUGAGUUCACCCCCUCCAGCGAUCCCGCGUAAUCGCUCCCCCAAUGCUACCCAGCGACCGGAGCACCGACACUCAUUCUACCCUGGACUGGAAGCUUUGCCUCUCCCUGCGGGCAUCGCUCCUAUUGAGCCACCCACUCGCCCGAUCAGUCGAUUCAACCCGAACAUGAGUUUCGACGAUAUAUUGAGAGAAGUCCCGAAGAAGGACAAGAAGAAAACAUGA